CGACUUUGUCUACAUCAAUAACACAUCGACAGUUAUAAAAGUCAUUAUUGUCAUUUCAACAAUUUUUUUGAACCUAUUUACAUAGCAGAUUUCAAUAGGAAUAUAACUUAUGCAGAUGUGAAAACCUACUAACGAAUAUUGACAAAAUGUUAAACAAAACUGCCAUUACCUAUGGUCUUUUAAAAGACGAAAACGUUAACGAUGAUCAUCAGGAGAAAGAAGAUGCGCUGGAGGCGACUAUUGGAAAUUUCGGAAAAUGGCAGCUGCGAAUAUCCGUUCUCAUGUCCUUACUGAAAUUUCCUAUCGCCUGGUUCACCCUGAGCAUCAUUUUCCUCGCACCACCGACCAAUUUUUGGUGCAAGCCGUCUCAGAAAUAUUCGAAUAUGUCUGAUACAGAAUGGUUGAAGAUUUCAGAGAAAAAUUAUCCACGAGCUAUGAAACAGGAAGGUGUAAAUUCGGGUUAUUGUGAAAUGGUGGACAUCGAAAACAAUCCAAAUUCAACAAUACCUUGCGUAUAUGGUUAUGGAUAUAAUAGAACGAUAUUUUCAUCCACUAUCAUCACGGAAUGGGAUUUAGUUUGUGGACACGAACGUCUGGUGGAACUCAGCCAAAUGACUUUGAUGUUUGGAGUACUGAUAGGUAACAUCUUCUGCGGAAUAAUGGCAGACAAGAAGGGUCGAAAAACCGUCCUGUUGUGGUGCAUCAUCUCACAGUCGGUGUUGGGAACAGUAGACUCGCUGGUACCUUGGUACUCCCUCUUCGUGCUGCUGAGGUUCCUCCUAGGCAUCGCCAAUGGAGGCACCGUCGUCACCUCCUUCGUCAUGUGCUUGGAGGUAGUGGGAGGGAAAUGGAGGACGGUAGUACCGAUACUCUACCAGAUACCGUUCGGCUUCGGUAUCUCCAUCAUGGCGGGACUAGCUUAUUUCAUGAGAGACUGGAGGGAACUACAUCUGGCCAUUUCGAUGAUAUCCAGCAUUUACUUUCUAUAUGGAUGGUACGACUAUUUUUCUUCCACACGGACAAUCAAAAGGUGCAUGCCAGAGUCUCCAAGAUGGCUGCUAGCUGUGGGAAGAAAAGAUGAAGCGAUUCGAAUCCUCAGGGAAGCUGCGAUCGAAAACAAGCUCAAUCAGCAAAAAUUUCAAGAAGCUGUGUCCGGACUGCCGACCAUCACGAAAACAACGAAACAGAAAGCUUCCUUUUCCGCAUUGUUCAGCACGAGAGAAUUGAGAAAGAGGAGCUUUUUACUAUACAUCAAUUGGACCAUCUCCGGCAUAACCUUCUAUGCCUUCUCCCAGUACCUGGGUCACGUGGGCAGCAACGUCUUCCUCACCGUGGCUACCAGCGGUCUGAUCGCCGUGCCCGGUGCCCUCCUCUGCAUCCUAUUGGUGGGAAGAGCCGGCAGAAGAGCAACCUUGGCAGGCAGCCACCUGUUCACCGCCUGUUGCUUCCUGGCGGUCAUCGCGGUACCGAAAGGGCAGUACAGUCACGAUUGGCCCAGAGUAGUUCUGGCUGGCUGCGGGAUCACCGGUAUAUCCAUCUCGAUGCCGGCCCUCUACCUGUGGACGGGAGAGCUGUACCCCACCGUGCUGCGCAACGCCGGCGUCGGGACGUCCAUCAUGUUCUCCAGGAUCGGUUCGAUGCUGGCGCCGGUCGUGGUGGCCUUGGAAGAAUUCGGCCCUCACGUGCCUCUGCUCAUUCUGGCUGUGGGCGCAUGCGCAGAAGGCCUUUUGGUGCUGCCGCUGCCCGAAACCAAAGGGCUUGCUUUGCCAGACACCAUAGAAGAUUUGGAGGAUUUGGGGAGUUUAGAAAGUGAUGAGAAGGGCUAUGUGACAGUGCCUGUACGGAAUGAUGACGGGAGAGAAGAAGAAGCUGAAUGAAAUGAUAUUAAGACUGUAAAAUCGAUUGAUGAUUAUAUUUUUUUUAUAAAAGAAAGG